UCGGCCGCCGUGUAAUUUGCUGACGCUCCCCAGCCGGGCCGGAGAGAACGUCCUUCAGGGCCGGGGCCGGUGACCAGCACCGCGGCCGCCCGCUCCCGCGCGCACCAUGCCGGACCCUGCCCGAGAUGCCCAGCCCGACCUCUACCGCGACACGUGGGUGCGCUACCUGGGUUAUGCUAAUGAAGUGGGAGAGGCCUUCAGAGCUAUCGUGCCCACCUCGCUGGUGUGGCUGAGUUAUGGCGUGGCCAGCUCCUACGUGGUGGCCGAUGCUGUGGACAAGGGCAAGAAGGCCGGAGCUGCCGUGAGCCCAGAGACAAGCAAGACCACCAAGAUGGCGGUGGCCGUGGUGGACACCUUCGUCUGGCAGGCGCUGGCCUCGGUGGCCAUCCCGGGCUUCACCAUCAACCGUCUGUGCGCCGCUUCUCUCUACGUCCUGGGCAGAGCCACCCGCUGGCCCCUGGCUGCCCGCAAGUGGACGACCACGGCCGUGGGACUCAUGGCCAUUCCCGUCAUCAUCCACCCCAUCGACAGGUCAGUGGACUUCCUGAUGGACUCCAGCCUCCGGAAGAUCUACCCUUCCCAGGAGAAGCCCAGCUCUGCUUGAUGCAUCUGCCCCGUCUUGGACCAGCCCUGCCCGCAUGCCACCUGACAUCCCGUCCUCCUGGGGGAGCCGGGCCCGCACUCCUCGAC